AUAUAAAGCUGCUACCAGUACUUUUCGUUUAUUUAACACUGUGUACCGUAUCUAUAAUUCCCUGCACAAGCGAUAAUAUCUGUGUAGAAGGAGAUAGCAGAUAUAUUUGGAUGCCGGAAGGUGAGGGGGUACCACAUCUUCUAGACCUGGAAACUCCAGCAGAACGUGACGCGCUGGCAAUCAGAAGCGGCAUCGAUAACCAGUAUUGGCUGUACACAAGGCGCAACCCUCAUCAUGCUCAAACGCUGAUUCACAACAGCGUCAAAAGCAUAUGGGCAUCUAACUACAACGGUGCUGCUCCUACAAAGGUUAUUGUUCAUGGAUGGACCGGCAGUGGCAACUCUUCAAUGAAUCCGCUCAUCACAGAUGCUUUCCUAGCCGUCAGUGACUGCAACGUUAUAGUUGUCGACUGGAACAGCUUGGCCAGUAGAUGUUAUACAACUGCCGUACUCGGCGUCCCAGAUGUAGGAGAGUAUCUUGGAAAUUUCCUCAUAUGGCUGUUCGAUAUAGCUGGUGGAGACUGGAAUGAACUCCAUCUAGUUGGGUUCAGCUUGGGAGCUCAUGUCGUUGGCAACGCUGGACGCACAGCUUCGGGAAGACCAGGACGUGUAACAGGUUUGGACCCAGCGCUCCCACUAUGGUGCAAAAACCCUGACAGGUUGGGCACCGACAGCGCAGUUUACGUGGAAAUCAUCCACACCGAUGGUGGUGUACUCGGCUUUAUGAAACCCAUUGGCCAUGUCGAUUUUUAUCCAAACGGCGGAACGAAUCCCCAGCCAGGAUGCUGGUGCAGCACUUGCUCCCAUUUUCGUGCACCAGAGCUGUUUGCGUCGAGUGUGAAAAAUAAUCACUUUGUUGGCCACCGCUGUGCUAACCUAAUUGCAGCUUCAAUUGGGUAUUGCCAGGGAGAAACGUUGCAAAUGGGCAACGACGAUAUGGAUAAACGAAGGUAUGGACUUUAUGGUUUGACCACCGGUGCUAGUUGGCCAUUUUGAAUGAUAUUAUUAUACGAGUG